AUGGUAAAUAAACAGAUGAGUGUUUUAGCAAAUAUUGCUAAGACCAUAAUAGUAUUAAAAGAAAAAAUUAAUAGAAUAAAAUUGGGUGAAUUGGAUAGAAUAAACUUGUUGGAGGAUACAUUUAAGCCCAUUUCAAAACCAUUAAAUGAAUUAGUUGAUAAUUUUAAAAACUCUAAUAAAUAUAAUGUUACUAAUUUCAAUGGUAAUGAUGAUGAUGGAGAUGAUAGUGAUGGUGAUGAAAAUUAUAUGAAUAGUAAUGAUCUUGAUUUAGAAUAUUCUCCAGCUAGUUCUCGGAAACAAAAUGUUAAGAAGCGAAAUCCUAAUAAUAUCAUGAAAAAUGAACAAUGCUUUAAUAAAAAACAACAAAAAUUAGAUAAGAUUGUUAGCGUUAAAGAGAAAAUGAAUUUUAUGAAUAACCCUGAAAGGCCAGCAUUGUUUAUACCAGGUAAACUUCAUGAUGAUGAUCAAUCACUGAAAGCAGCAGCAGCAGAUGCACAAAGCAAUGUAAUGAAAAUUGAAAUAAAUAUUGAUAAUAAACCAGAAAAGCGAGAAGUUGCUAUUGAUAUCAUUAAUGAAAAAUGUUUUAAUAAAAAACCGAAAUUAGAUAAGGUUGUUAGCGUUAAACAAAAAAUAAAUUUUAUGAAUGACCCCGAAAGGCCAGAACCAUAUAUUCCUUGUAAACCAAACGAUGAACAAUUACUAAAAAAGGCUGUAGUAGAAAACCUAAGACAAGCUGAAGAAACGUAUAAUGAUAAUACUUCUCCAACUGAAAAUGAUAUUUUAAGAAGAAUUGAACAAGACCCUGAUCUAUGGCAGAGACAUAAAUUUACAAAACGACAGUCUAAAAAUCAACUAAAUGAAGAUUUUAAACGAGUUAAGCUAACUCCAUUCCACCCCCACCACCCUCAUUUACUAUUACAAAAUAUAAAAUUGCUUAAAGAUCUUAAAAUGCUUUAUACAAUACAUUGUAUGGGCCGAAUAGGGGUUCAAAUGGUCGAUGGCGAUUCGGACUCAAACCAUUAA